AUUAAACUGUUUCAUCUAAUUCAUGUUUGUUUUGUAUUUGUAGCUUUUCGGCUUGUUUGCUUUGUAAGCUCAUUCAUUUUCUUUAUUUAUCAUUUUUGAUUGUUUUCAUACAAACUAAAUCUGUUUACGUGGAGUGCUCAGAUCGUGAUGUUGGCGGAAACUAGCACCGCACUGAUAAUAGUUUUAUUAGCAUUAUAUUAAUAUAAAAGCUUAAAGAUAUAAUUGUUAAAAAUCAAAAAUAAAUUAGUUCUACAUAAUAUAAUAAUGAAUAUACACAUGAAUGUAAACUCUCUGAAAUACAUAAGCCUGGUCACAUUAACACUUCAAAAUGCCAUCCUUGGACUUAGUAUGCGUUAUGCGAGAACACGUCCAGGUGAAAUAUUUCUUAGUUCAACGGCUGUGCUAAUGUCUGAAAUAGUCAAGUUAAUAACUUGCCUCGUACUUGUGUUCAAUGAAGAAGGAAAAGAUGCACAAAAGUUUAUUCGCGCUUUGCAUAAAACAAUUAUAUCUAAUCCUGUUGAUACACUCAAAGUUUGCGUUCCAUCUUUAGUGUAUAUUGUACAAAAUAAUUUAUUAUAUGUUUCUGCUUCACACUUAGAUGCAGCUACUUAUCAAGUAACAUAUCAGUUAAAAAUUCUUACUACUGCAAUGUUUGCAGUUGUGAUACUUCGUCGGAAACUCUUGACUACACAGUGGGGUGCAUUAUUGCUGCUUGUUGCUGGCAUCAUACUGGUACAGUUAGCACAAACUGUUGGCGAAACGACAAAAAUAACUGAAACAUCUGGUCCAGAGCAAAAUCGCUUGCUUGGCUUAUGGGCAGCAAUUGGUGCCUGUUUCCUUUCUGGAUUUGCUGGUAUUUAUUUUGAGAAAAUUUUAAAAGGCGCCGAUGUCUCUGUGUGGAUGCGUAAUGUGCAAUUGAGUCUUUUAAGCAUACCUUUCGGAACAAUAACAUGUUUUGUUAAUGACGCCAACAAAAUAUUAUCAAAUGGUUUUUUCUUUGGUUAUGAUAUAUUUAUUUGGUACUUAGUGCUCUUACAAGCGGGUGGUGGACUUAUUGUAGCUGUUGUAGUAAAAUAUGCUGAUAAUAUAUUAAAAGGAUUUGCUACUUCUCUAGCAAUAAUCAUUUCCUGCAUAGCUUCAAUUUAUAUAUUCGAUUUUAAUUUAACACUACGUUUUAGUUUAGGUGCCGCUUUAGUAAUAGCAUCCAUAUUUUUGUAUGGAUACGAUCCAAAAAAAUCUCCAACAAGUAUUAAAUCAAUGCAAUCUCAAAUGCCACAUCCCGAUGAAGAAAAAUUAUUGCCAAAAGUAUAGGUCAUUACAUAUACGAGUUCCUAAAGUAUAACAAAAUAAACAACAAAACUUUAUUA